CCUCAACUGACCCGCAUCUACUGAUCUGCUCAAUCUCUGUCAAGUUUAAGGGGAAAAUGAGUAGCCGAUCGAGUCGUACUAUCUACGUGGGCAAUCUGCCUGGAGAUAUUCGUAUGAGAGAGAUUGAAGAUUUAUUCAUCAAGUAUGGACCGAUUGUUGACAUUGAUCUCAAGAUCCCCCCCAGACCACCAGGUUAUGCUUUUAUUGAGUUUGAAGAUCCUCGUGAUGCUGAUGAUGCGAUUUAUGGCCGGGAUGGUUACAACUUUGAUGGGUAUCGCUUACGGGUUGAAUUAGCACAUGGCAGAUGUGGAUAUUCAUCAUCAGACCGAUUCAGCAAUUAUAGUCGUAGUAGUAGUAGCCGUGGAGCUCCCCGCCGUUCUGAAUAUCGUGUGCUGGUCACUGGGUUGCCUGCUUCUGCUUCAUGGCAGGAUCUGAAAGAUCACAUGCGUCAAGCUGGAGAUGUCUGUUUUUCGCAAGUGUUCCGUGACCGUGGAGGCAUGACAGGAGUUGUAGACUACACAAAUUACGAUGACAUGAAAUAUGCAAUCAGGAAAUUGGAUGAUUCUGAAUUUAGAAAUGCUUUUUCUCGGUCCUACAUACGGGUCGAGGAAUAUGAUUCUAGUCGUGGGUACUCCAGGAGCCCCAGUUAUGGCUCGAGACAAAGCUACUCUAGAAGUCCCAGUCGUAGUCCAUAUGUGUCGAGAAGUCGUAGUCGCAGUCGGAGUCGUAGCUUUGGGGGCCAGGGCAGAAGCCUUUCACCAUAUGUGGAAUAUACGCACCGCUCUCCGAGGUCUGCGUCACGUUCCCCUGCAAGAUCUCGUUCAAGAUCUAGAUCUCCAGUUCGUUCCCCUUAUUAUUGAUCUCUGCGAAGAUCGCCUUCAAGACAGAAGCGUAUCCCGUUAGCGUGGUGACAUCUAUAGGAGCCACUGUUGACUUGGGGGAUUUCUGUUGGUAACGCCUUUUCAGUUGUUUUGGUGGACAAUCGGACACCAGAUAAAAGCGUGGAAUGGAACUUAGGAACUUGAUGUAGCACCUUAUAGAUAUGGAUAGGGAUGCUCAGUAUUGCAUCAGGAAUCUAUUAUCACCGUAUUGAACUAUUAUCUCCUGUUUAACUGAAGUAUAUUGAGGAAGGUAAUUGUCUUCUCUGUAGUGAAACUAUUAUUUUCUGUUUAACUGAAGUACAUUAAGGUAAUUGUGUUCAUGUGUGUUGGUUAU